CCGAGUUGUCCCGCAUUAAAAAGAAAUGGCUGCGCCCAUAGUCGAAAAUAUCUGUAUGACAGAAACACGAAGUUUGGCAUAAACACGCUUCUAAAGACACCUCUGUUAUGUUACUUGUAAAACCUGAUGUUCUUUUUCUUUGAUAAGAAUCUCUUUGAAUGACACAAACGUAAAGGAGGAAAUUAUGUUGUUUUAUAUUCAUCGUCUGUUGCAAUGUUGACACAUUCAUAAUAAUUUAACAGAUCGGACUGAUAACUUAUAGUUUGACAAUGACAAAUCCUAGUACAGCAGUUCUUGAAGCACUACACAAUGCCUGUAGUCAAAAUGCUGAUAUUUUGAAACCUGCCGAAAAACAGUUGCAGGAUUGGGAAAUUCAUCCUGGAUUUUACUCAGUUUUAUCGGAGAUAUUUAGUAACCACAGUAUAGAUGUAAAUGUACGAUGGUUAGCAGUCUUAUAUUGUAAGAAUGGUGUAGAGAAAUACUGGAGAAAAACAGCGCCUAAUGCCAUGAAAGAGGAAGAAAAAGAGUUACUGAAAGAGAGGCUUAUUUCCAACUUCAACGAACCUGUCCAUCAGAUAGCUUUACAGUUAGCUGUAUUGAUUGCAAAGAUAGCGAGAGUAGACUGUCCUAGAAACUGGUCAAGAUUACUACCAGUGCUGUUUGAGGCAGUACGUUGUCACGAUGAGCAUACACAAGAACAAGCUUUACUGGUCUUACAUCAUGUGACCAAGACAUUAGCAUCUAAGAGGCUUCCUGGAGACAGGAAAUUGUUUGAAGAGUUAACCAAUGAUGUGUUUAGUUUUAUUCUUGGUCUUUGGACAUCUACUCUGGAUCAGUUUGGACAAUUAGCCCUAAAACAGAGCAACAACUCUAGCAAUUCUUUAGAUAAAAGUAUACUGGCAUUAAGAAUUUUAAGGAAGCAGACAGCAUUUGGAUUCAAAGAACCUGGAGAAAAUGCAGAUGUUAAUAUUUUCCUCAAGCAAAUAUUUACAAGGUUUAAGCAAAUGUUGGAUUGUAGACAAAGUAUGUGGGGCAAUCACCAGGUGAUAGAAAAAUGUGAAAAAAUGAUCAUCCUUAUGACAAAAGUGUUGUUAGAUUUGGUUGAUAUGCAUCCUGUUACAUUUAUACCAUUGAUAAGACCAUCAUUAGAAUUAACAGUAGCUUAUAACUUCUCACAGACAGAGAAAGGUCUGUUAUUUGAGAAGUUUACAGUGAAUUGUUUUAAUUUGAUGAAGUCUAUAGUAUUGUGUGAUAUGUACAAACCAUUACGGAACUCAUCAGAUUUAACAGAACCUAUGAGACAAGAAGCAUGUAAAAUCAAAACAGAAUUUUUCACAUUCUCUACCUUGUCAGAAAUAUGUCGAAGAUUAGUGUCACAGUAUUUUUUAUUGUCCUCUGAAGAUCUGAAUACUUGGGAUACAGAUCCAGAAGAAUUUUGUCAAGAAGAAAUAGGAGAUUCUUAUAGAUAUUCAAUAAAGCCCUGUACAGAGACUUUGUUUUUGGCAUUAUUUAAAGAAAAUAGAAUGUCGUUAUCACCAGUAUUGAUAGAAAUGGUACACCAAAUACAACUGACCAGUGAUCCAAAUGACAUAAUGGCUGUCCUAAGAAAAGAUGCAGUGUAUAAUGCUGUAGGACUGUCGGCCUUUGACUUGUUUGAUGAUAUAAACUUUGAUGAUUGGUUUACAAGUCAUCUGUUGUCUGAAGUACAAAAUAGACAUGUAAAUUACAGAAUAAUUAGAAGACGUGUGAUAUGGUUGUGUGGACAGUGGGUAGGAGUUAAGAUGUCACAAAACCUGAGACCUAAUUUGUACCAAGCUUUGAUACCUCUCCUGGCAAAAGAGGAGGAUUUGGUUGUGAGAUUAGAGGCUGCUCAGACACUGAAAACUGCAGUGGAUGAUUUUGAAUUUAGUGUGGAUCAAUUUUUACCAUUUUUGGAAACCUUGUUCUCCUUGUUGUUUCAACUACUACAAGAGGUUAGAGAAUGUGAUACAAAAAUGCAAGUUUUACAUGUGAUAUCAUUUGUGAUUGAGAGAGUUGGACCAAAGAUACAACAAUAUGCCACAGCAUUGAUCCACUAUCUACCAGCUUUGUGGCAAGAGUCAGCCGAACAUAAUAUGUUACGAUGUGCUAUACUUACUACACUCAUUCAUCUUGUACAAGGAUUUGGUACCAGUUGUUCAUGUAUGUUUAAUUUCCUGCUGCCUGUGAUACAAAUGUCUACUGACGUGACACAAGACCAGUAUAUAUAUCUUGUAGAAGAUGGCGUAGAAUUAUGGCAUGUCACUCUACAGAAUACAUCAGUUUCUACAGACCAUAUGCUACAGCUGUUUUCAAAUAUGACUGGUUUAUUAGAACUUGGAACAGAAAAUUUACGGAUGUGUCUAAAAGUUAUAGAAGAUUACAUCCUGUUAUGUCCUGUUGAGUUUAUGCAGCAGUAUUCCAGUGUACUAGUAAACAGUCUGGGUAGUUUAAUGACUGAUAUCAAGACAGAAGCACAAGUAUUAGUACUGAGGGUGAUUGAACUUGUGUUGAAAACAUUCCCAAAAGAGGCUCCAGAGGCAUUCUCUCCAUUACUACCAAGUUUUAUGAAAGCAGUACUAGAAAAUGAGGAACAUCCAUUGAUUUUGUCUAUGUACCUUACACUUCUUGCCAGAAUUCUCCUACAGAACCAAGAAUUUAUGUUUAAUUUUUUAAACCAAGUAGCAACAGAUUUGAAUAAAGAUAGUGAGAGUAUUCUAGGAAUGUUUUUGGACAUAUUGUCAGAGAAGAUAGAUAGUAUUACACAACCAGAGAAACGGAAACUGUGUGCUUUAUGUGUUACGUCUUUGUUAUCGCUUAAUUUAAAUGUUAUUAAAGAAAAGUUUUGUGCAAUUAUGUGUUUAUGUGUGGAAGUAUUACAUGAUGUGACCAGAAUUCCUGUGGACGAAGAUCCUACAAUACAAUUAGAUUCCCUUGUGAUACAUGAUGAUGGUGCAGAUGAUGAUAACGAGUAUUAUUGUGGAAAUGAAGCUACAGAUCAGAUAACAGAACAUGACAGAAGAAAAACUAAGUUAUCAAAGAAGGAUCCAGUACAUACCAUCGCUCUGCGAGAAUAUUUACUCUCUCAACUCAGAGCCUGUCAGCUAUUACAUGGACAAAGUGUUUUUAAUGAAAUGAUGGAUUCAGUCGACUCAGAAAUUGUUCACCAACUACAAGAAUUUACUCAUAAGAAAUAAUGUAUUAUCAAGGAUGAUAGUUAAGCAUGUGGACUUUGCUGUAUUUAUUAGAACCAUUAAAAUAUACCAUGUUCUUUCAUAAAAUAGCUAAGAUCCUAUUUCUGUAGAAUGACACCACUCAACCUCUUAAGGACAACAUUUGGAUAAUACCAGAAAGUUUAAAAAAAAAAAAGACUGUUUUCAUUAACCAGACAGCUGUUAUGGGUUUAAUUAGUUCAAACUGAAGAACUGUUCAUGUCGGUACAACAAUACAUGUCAUGUGAAGCAUAGAUCUGCCUGCUAUUUCAGUCACGUAGAUGGUAUUACCUAUAAAAUUUAUGGGGUAACAAAUGCAUUGAAACAACUCCUAAUAAUAGCAAAUACAUGUAAUUUUCAAGUUAUCAAUGUAAAAUCAUUAAAACAUCAAUGAAUUGUGUCAUAGUUUAAAUUUACACUCAUCUUAAGUAUUUAACUAGGACUUCAAAGCUUAAAUGUGUUGACUUGUCAUCGCCAAGCUUUGUUUGCUCAAUAUUGUACCAGCUGUUUACCGAAUCAAAUACAUGUGUAUUGGUGCAAGUUAUAUGAAAUAAAGUAUUAAAACAAACUG